AUGAAGUGGAAUGGUAUUGAAGGUAUGUUAUUUCACAUCUUUUUUUCAAACUCAAUCUUUUUGUUUCAGGAAGAUUCAAUCUGAAGCUGUUGCUUAUGAUAGCACUGCUGAACGCAUGUUAUGCUGUUUCUACCCGUAAUUUUUUUGUUCAAAUGAGUAUUGACAAUCUUAACAUUAUACUUUUAUUAUUAUAGUCAUUUCACGGUAGAUCUUGGUCGCUAAAUACAAUAUAUAUGUCUUUUCAGAUUUUGAAUGUCAAUUAGAAUGACGUCAUUCGAAAUCGCUCUGUGGGUGGCUCGCUCUCUGAUUGGUUCAUCUGGCCAUUAGGGAGCAGAGCUUCAGCGAGGACUUGACAUUUGAAAUCUAAACGAAUUAUAGUAUCGAUCGUUUACUGCGGACUUAGGAGCCCGUGUUUCUUGAAUGAGUAGUUUUAUAAAAGUUUGGACUUUAUAGUUGGAAAUGCCAAAAAUUGAAGAGAUUUCAAAAUAAAAAUACCAUGAUCAUGUUUUUAAGACCAGCUGACUAUAUCAGUUGAUGCUUUUCUCUAGCUGCAGUCGAUGUGGAUUUUGAAUUUGCAGAAUCUUGCUGCAAGAGGCCCAUGUACGCGUACGGGUCUGGAGACGCUAUUCCGCCCGAAUGCAUUUUGAAUGUCGGGUGUACCGAUGCAUUGAUCUACGCGGACCAUGGUCGAGCCAAUCAAGAAGUCUACAAGUUUUUGAAUGCGAUGUUAAAGAGCAGUACAAUCACCUUGAUUUCAACCCAAGCGAAUGUCGAAUUCUUGGAAGAAAUCAUCCACAAGGGGCCGGGUACGUUUCUUCCCAUACUGAAAAGAAGUGGAGCUCAUGAUAUGAAUUUUCUGCUACUUGUCAGCGACAUUGCGCUGAUAUUUGAAGGCCCGUUCCGCAUCAGCUUGUCUCGUUUUUCUUUCUGUCAAAAAUACCGUUUACCAAACUAGAUCGAAAUUGAACAUUUUCGGUUCAUGGUAUUGUUUUUUCCUGUCUUUUUUCGCCGUUUUGUAGAGCAAAAUUUGUUAUUUACGGUACCUUUUUUUCUUUCCUUUUAAAGUGUGACCGUCUUGCGCGGAAUGCACUGUGGGUGUUAGGAAAAGCAAAAAAAAAAUUCCUUGGAUCUUAGAGGAACUGACUAGAUGUUCAAUGCGCAAAUUAUUUUUCUUGCCUUGGAAUAAGAGAAUCUAGUAGUCUUAUCGAAGUUUCAUCAAGAUCUUGCUUUUUUUUUUCAAUUCGUUUCUUCCGUUUUCAGGUCCAGCAUUGACAUUGAUUAACAACACUUUGAUCGCCAAUUCAUUCAUAAGUUUGAAAAAAAUCGAAGUCGAUGACGUCUCUAUUUAUUGCGACGGCACUACCGAUUUGAUCAAGAUAGAAGGAAGUCUUUUCAAGGAGGUAUUGGACCGACUGCACAAAGUGGGAAAUAAGGUUCGAUUUUUCUUUGAAAGAAUGAUGAGAAUUUGAAUAUCUCGCAGUGUUUUCAAAGGCUCGACUUAGGUUUUUCUAGGAGAGAAAAAAAUUAGAUAUUUCAUUCAAAACAUCUCCAAUUUAAACUUUAUUGCAUAUAAAUUCGGAACAAAAUUUUAUAUGAAACACUUGAAUAUGACGUUUUCUAGCUUCAUUUUCAAAAAUGUUUCUUUUUAUAGGCGCACAGAAAAAUUUUUUAUGAAGAUUCAAGAGCGGAAAGCUCUUGAAAGACUCUUUGGACAUCCUAGCAAACUUUUUAAGGACAUGAAUCGAUAUCUAAACCAAAAGUGUUUACAGAAAGUAUGACUUUUUUUUCCAGACCCUUGAAGCCUGCAAGUCAUUGACGACUACUCAGCCGACGGUUCUUGGCGCGACCCAGCGAGCAGGAGUGCCGAGAUCGAACUCUUCCGCCGCGGUGAUCUCCCAACUGUGCACGCAGAAGAUAGAUGCCGAGAAGGAAAAGUGCUCUAGCAACAGUGAGUUUAGGGAAAAAAGUAACAAAAAAUGAAUUCUAGUGAUAGAAAGAUAGACUAGACGCUUUUUGAAAAAAAUGAUUAAUAUUUUUUUGAAAAAAACUAAAUUCAGUGAACAUAAUGGGUAUUAAAGGAUUUAAAUUGCAGAGGUUUUUGCGGUGAGAAAAUGUGGAACCCAGCUUUUUUCAGAUAUCAUUUUAUAAUUUAUAAAUUUAUUUCCACUCACAAAUUUCGAAGAAAUUUUAUUGAAAACCUUGAUAUUGAAAACCACAUUAUUGAUUUUUUCCCAUUAACUUCUCACCCUUCUUACUGUUAUAAUGCAUUGGAUUGUUUACAUCACUGAGCCAUUAGUUCUUUGAAUUUUCGACCAAGUUGAGAAGAGUUAUUUCGACUUUUCUUCACAGACACGCUGCUGUACAUCGCCUGUGGAGUGAUAGUGGUCCUUCUGAUCGUGAGCAUCGUUUCGACGAUCAUCGCCCUCAAGCUCUACUUCUGCAGCCACAAGAAGGACCGUCCCUCAGCUUCCUUAGGUAAUGGCUUUUGAUAGAAAAAAAUUAAGAAUUUUUGGUAGUUGUUCGCUGCCACAAACAAAAACUUGAACUUUAAGUUUCAAAUACAAUUGAUCAUUAAACAACUUAUUGGAAAAAUGGAGGUUAUUAGUAGUUAGGAAAUGGGAUUUUUUUAUUAUAUUUCGUUUUAAUGAAAUUUUUUUGCGAUUGUAGUUUAAGACUUCGAGACUCUUUUUCUUAAUAUUUUUCGAAAUUUCUGGUCGGUUUUCAGGAGCUUCCGAAAAAGGAGCGCAGAAAAAGGCCGAGACCGCUAAAGAGACGUCCAAAGAGACGAGCCAGGAGAAGAAAUAA